AAAUUGUUUUUUUUAAAAAAACAUUUGUUCUCAACUUUCAUAACCUUCCCCUAAAUUUCAAAUCCUCGAUACCCCAUAUAAUCUGUCGGUAAAAACUUGCAUUUGAAGCACCGCGCCAACAAAAUUAUAAAAUAAGGAUUAUAUUCCACAACGCACGAACUUGGCCUUCUAUGUUACUUUAACGCGAAUUAAUUUAUCCCUAUACAAAAAGCGUAAAUCAAAAUUUAAAAUGGGUUCUCAAAAAUAUAUUAUCCUCACAGUUAUUAAAAUGCCUUGUUAUAAAUAAUAUAUUCAUUCCAAGUCCAUGAUCAAUUCUUUAUUCAGUUCGUUCAUCAUAAAAUGACAAAAUUAAAAUCCAAUAAUAAAAAUCAUUAGUUAAAUGAUAAUAUUUACAACACAAAAAAAUGAACAUUCAAGCUUUUAAACAAAUAUUUUCCCAUGACAAAAAUAAGAGCGACGGAAGCGGAACGAUUUCUUCCGAGAGUCAUUUAUCUCAAGCGGAAAAUCUUGAAAAAGUUAAAGAAUUUUUGGAAAAGGCCAACAAAGAAUUCAAAGAAAGAUGGGAGAACCCUACUCCGAGCACAUCCUGUUUGGAUGAUUUCGAUCGGCUGAAAACCUUGGGAACGGGCUCAUUCGGGAGAGUCAUGUUAGUCUUAAACAAGAAGAAUCGAGAAUAUUUUGCAAUGAAAAUAUUGGACAAGCAAAAGGUACUCAAAUUGAAACAAGUAGAACAUACGCUAAAUGAAAAACGUAUAUUACAAGCAAUAAACUUUCCUUUCCUUGUCAAACUCGAAUACAGUUUUAAAGAUAACUCCAAUUUAUAUAUGGUACUCGAAUUCGUUACAGGCGGAGAAAUGUUUUCGCAUUUAAGGAGAAUUGGACGCUUCAGGGAAUCACAAUGUAAUUUCUACGCCGCUCAGGUGGUUUUAUCCUUCGAAUAUUUACACUCUUUAGACAUUUUGUAUCGAGAUUUGAAACCCGAAAAUAUCAUGAUCGAUCUUACAGGAUAUCUAAAAAUUACAGAUUUUGGGUUUGCCAAAAGAGUGAAAGGUAGAACAUGGACCCUUUGUGGUACACCCGAGUAUUUGGCACCAGAAAUUAUCCUUAGCAAAGGUUACAACAAAGCUGUUGAUUGGUGGGCAUUCGGUGUUUUGGUAUAUGAAAUGGCGGCUGGAUACCCUCCAUUUUUCGCUGAUCAACCUAUUCAAAUAUACGAAAAAAUUGUCGCUGGAAAAGUCCGGUUUCCAUCUCAUUUUAGUUCUGACCUCAAAGAUUUACUGAGAAAUUUGUUGCAGGUCGAUCUCACCAAACGCUACGGUAACAUGAAAAAUGGCGUCACCGACAUUAAAAUUCAUAAAUGGUUUGCUACCACCGAUUGGAUCGCCAUUUAUCAGAAAAAAAUCGAAGCUCCAUUCAUCCCCAAGAACAAAGGUCCAGGUGACGCGAGUAAUUUUGACGAUUACGAUGAAGAACCCCUACGGGUAUCCACAUCUGAAAAAUGUACCAAAGAAUUCAACGAGUUUUAAAAUGACACGAUAGCAUCGCGAUUGUGAUUUAAAAAUAAAAUCAAUAAACACCUUUAAAAAUUUAAAAAAAACGUGCAUAAAAUUACUUUUUAGCAAAAAAUAAUUACUAAAAUAUGCCGCUGUUUGAAACACCCGUCUAUCAAAGUUAUUUUUCCUUACUCACUACGUACAAUAUCUAAUUGCUGAUAAAUUUAAAA